AUGACUCGUGCCAACGAUACUACCUCCAAGGUCGUCUACAAGGGCCGCACUGAAGACUUCAUUGUCUUCGUCGACGACGCUGAUAUCCUUCAGAAGUGGAAGGGUGACAAGAGCAUUGCUCUGUCAGAUGUCCUGAAUGGCUGGAAGAUCUUCAUCUCUCAUGGGCAAGGUAUUUUGGACGGUGCCAGCAAGGCUACUCUCGAGAACGAGUUCGGCACCUCAAAUGAAGAUGAGGUCAUGGUCAAGAUCUUGGAGGGUGGCGAUUUCCAGUCCAACACCGUUCGUGCUCCUGCUCGUGAGCGUGACGGUAGUAAGAACGAUUCCAAGGGCGCUAUGGGUACUACCCGUUAA